UCCUUUUUACUGUUAGAAUCUAAGUAAAAGAAAAACCUCAUUAUUUGGUCUCUCUCUCUCUCUCUUUGUCAAAGUCUUAAACAAGAGAUUACUGCCUUUGACAAAGCAUGUCUUGCUUUAACAUCACUUUGGAUUAUAGUAUAUUAUGCCUUGUAUUAAUAGUGUGCUUCAAAUUAAAAGUUUAAGCCUCUAUGGUUUUAUUAGUUCAGAAAUGAAAUCCCUUUUAAUAUGAAUUCUCAGGAAAGGAGAAAGGUGCUAUUGUACUGGAAAUGAAGGACAGAGGACAUUGCUCAGAGAAGAAAAUUGAUUGGAACAGAAGGCUUCAGAAGCAGCUUAUAUUAGAUGAUCUCCGCGUUCGUUCAAUGCAAAACAGGAUUCGAAGAGUAGCCUCCACCCAUAAUGUAGAAGCUUCACAAACCCAAAUUCCAUUAUCUUCUGGUAUAAACUUGCAAACCUUAAACUACAUAGUGACAAUGGGAUUGGGUAGCAAGAAUAUGACUGUGAUAAUUGACACUAGAAGCGACUUGACAUGGGUCCAAUGUGAGCCUUGCAUGUCAUGUUAUAAUCAACAAGGACCAAUAUUCAAACCUUCUACCUCCUCUUCCUAUCAAUCAGUUUCAUGCAAUUCAUCAACCUGCCAAUCUCUUCAAUUUGCCACAGGAAACACAGGAGCCUGUGGAAGUAGUAAUCCAUCAACUUGUAACUAUGUGGUUAACUAUGGUGAUGGAUCUUACACUAAUGGUGACCUAGGUGUUGAAGCACUUAGUUUUGGAGGUGUUUCAGUGAGUGAUUUUGUAUUUGGUUGUGGUAGGAACAACAAAGGUCUAUUUGGAGGAGUCUCUGGCCUUAUGGGGUUGGGAAGAAGUUACCUCUCAUUGGUAUCUCAAACUAAUGCCACAUUUGGAGGAGUUUUCUCAUACUGCUUACCAACAACAGAAGCUGGUUCUUCUGGGUCAUUAGUUAUGGGUAAUGAGUUUUCUCAGAUUUCUCAGAAGAAAAAAAAUUCAUAUGGCUCUAGAUAUUUUUGA